AGCUAGUUGCAGACUUUAUUCAUAUUUUGCCAAUUGUCCUAUAAUGUCAUCUAUAGCAAAAGAGAGAAAAAAAGAAGCAAGAAAGAGAAAAAAAGAAAGACAAAAAGUUUUGGGUCCAGAAUCCAAUCCAGAAUCAAACAGCAUUUAGCUGUCAUGUCUAGGCUCCUUUAAUGGAGAACCAGUUUCUCAUUCUUUGUCUUUCAUGGCCUUGGAGCUGUCAAGAGUACAAGCAAUUUAUCUUGUAGAAUAUCUCUCACUUUGGGCUUGUCUGAUAUUUCCUUGUGAAUAGAUUAAGAUCUACUAGUGUGUUCCAAAGCUUUACAACUGUUUUUUUUCCUGGACAGUUUUAACAUUCUAGGUCUGUGAUCUUUCUUCUCAAUGUGAAAUGAGGAAUCUGUAACCGUUUUUAGGAGACUCAUUGGUUUAGGAAAAUCACCUUAUUAAAUUUACAGACUUGUUAAGAGCUACGAAGUGAUGUGUCUCCUCAAUGGAUCCUAUCAGAAGGCACAUAUGUGUGUUCCCUUACUGGGUGGUGCUAACUUUGAUCACGUGGUUGAAGCAGUAACUGUCAUGUUUCUUCACUGUAAAUUUACCAUUUUCCUUUCCUUCCUGGAGGCUAGAAGUAAAGGUCAAGGUGUUGACAGGAUUGGUUUCCCCUGUUCUUUGUUUGUUUGUUUGUUUUGUGUUUUGAGACAGAGUCUUUUUGUUGCCCAGGGUGAAGUGCAGUGGCACAGUCUCGGCUCCCUGCAACCUCUGCCUCCCAGAUUCAAGCGAUUCUCAUGCCUCAGUCUCCCCAGUAGCUGGGAUUACAGCGUCCGCCACGAUGCUCAGAUAAUUUUUUGUGUUUUUAGUAGAGACGGGGGUUUCAACACAUUGGCCAGGUUGGUCUCGAACUCCUGGCCUCAGGUGAUCCGUCUGCCUUGACCUCCCAAAGUGCUGGGGAUUACAGGCGUGAGCCACCGCGCCCUGCCCUCCUUAAGUUUCCUUGCGGGAGAGAUACUUUGAGACUAUGCAAAAAGUUUGCGGGAAAAAAUACAGGAAGCCCAGUUGAAUCUGAAUUCCAGAUAAGCCAUAAAUAAAGUAUAAAUAUGACCUCCCAAAGUGUUUAUCUAAAAUUCUGAUUUGAUUGGGCAUCUUGUGUUUUUAUUUGCUAGAUCUGGCAACCCUAUAUGUAAAUAUCUUGCUCCUCAUCCAACUUUCACCCAGUUGUUUUGACAUCUAUUGCUGCUUCCGAAUCAGGGUUGCACAUGCAACCCUGACGUCUGUCUCUGAAUAUCUUUUAUGAUUUUACUUUUUUUGUUGUUGUUUUGAGAUAUGGUCUCACUCUCGUCGCCCAGGCUGGAGUGCAAUGGCGCGCCUUCAGCUCACUGCAGCCUCAACCUCCUGAACUCAGGUGAUCCUUCCACCUCAGCCUCCCCAGUAGCUGGUACUGUAGUCACGCGCCACCAUGUACUGAUUUUGGAAAAUGGUGAUUUUCUAACUCCAUCAUUCCUUUCACUUCUAUUCGUUGGCAUUCUAUCAGCUUGUCUUUUCAUCCACCCUUUACAGUGCUUGGCACACAGUAGGCGCUCAUAUAAUUGUUCAACGAAUGAAUGAAUGAACUUUUCUCUUGUGUUGUCCGGCCUUCGGUGACACUAGCGGCGUCAGGCAGGAGUUUGACUUCCUCAGCCUAUCAUGGCACGUUGCCGAGGCUUCGGCGCCUUACAGGACCUCGCUUCAGGCUCUUCUGGCUCCAAUCAAAAGCAGGGCUCUUUCGGACUUCGCUUACGUUUAAUAAAGAAAACCGGUUGGCCCCUUCGGCUCCAGCUGGCUCAACAGACAGCCAGUGGCAUGCGGCAGGGACCAAUGGGUGGCGGAGGGAGGCGGGGCCUGCCACGAGGCCGCAGUAUAACCGCGUGGCCCGCGCGCGCGCUUCUCUCCCGGCGCAGUCACCGGCGCGGUCACCGGCGCGGGCUAUGGCUGCGACUUCUCUAAUGUCUGCUUUGGCUGCCCGGCUGCUGCAGCCCGCGCACAGCUGCUCCCUUCGCCUUCGCCCUUUCCACCUCGCGGCAGUUCGAAAUGAAGCUGUUGUCAUUUCUGGAAGGAAACUGGCCCAGCAGAUCAAGCAGGAAGUGCGGCAGGAGGUAGAAGAGUGGGUGGCCUCAGGCAACAAACGGCCACACCUGAGCGUGAUCCUGGUUGGCGAGAAUCCUGCAAGUCACUCCUACGUCCUCAACAAAACCAGGGCAGCUGCAGCUGUGGGAAUCAACAGUGAGACAAUUAUGAAACCAGCUUCAAUUUCAGAGGAAGAAUUGUUGAAUUUAAUCAAUAAACUGAAUAAUGAUGAUAAUGUAGAUGGCCUCCUUGUUCAGUUGCCUCUUCCAGAGCAUAUUGAUGAGAGAAGGAUCUGCAAUGCUGUUUCUCCAGACAAGGAUGUUGAUGGCUUUCAUGUAAUUAAUGUAGGACGAAUGUGUUUGGAUCAGUAUUCCAUGUUACCGGCUACCCCAUGGGGUGUGUGGGAAAUAAUCAAGCGAACUGGCAUUCCAACCCUAGGGAAGAAUGUGGUUGUGGCUGGAAGGUCAAAAAAUGUUGGAAUGCCCAUUGCAAUGUUACUGCACACAGAUGGGGCGCAUGAACGUCCCGGAGGUGAUGCCACUGUUACAAUAUCUCAUCGAUAUACUCCCAAAGAGCAGUUGAAGAAACAUACAAUUCUUGCAGAUAUUGUAAUAUCUGCUGCAGGUAUUCCAAAUCUGAUCACAGCAGAUAUGAUCAAGGAAGGAGCAGCAGUCAUUGAUGUGGGAAUAAAUAGAGUUCACGAUCCUGUAACUGCCAAACCCAAGUUGGUUGGAGAUGUGGAUUUUGAAGGAGUCAGACAAAAAGCUGGGUAUAUCACUCCAGUUCCUGGAGGUGUUGGCCCCAUGACAGUGGCAAUGCUAAUGAAGAAUACCAUUAUUGCUGCAAAAAAGGUGCUGAGGCUUGAAGAGCGAGAAGUGCUGAAGUCUAAAGAGCUUGGGGUAGCCACUAAUUAACUACUGUGUCUUCUGUGUCACAAACAGCACUCCAGGCCAGCUCAAGAAGCAAAGCAGGCCAAUAGAAAUGCAAUAUUUUUAAUUUAUUCUACUGAAAUGGUUUAAAAUGAUGCCUUGUAUUUAUUGAAAGCUUAAAUGGGUGGGUGUUUCUGCACAUACCUCUGCAGUACCUCACCAGGGAGCAUUCCAGUAUCAUGCAGGGUCCUGUGAUCUAGCCAGGAGCAGCCAUUAACCUAGUGAUUAAUAUGGGAGACAUUACCAUAUGGAGGAUGGAUGCUUCACUUUGUCAAGCACCUCAGUUACACAUUCGCCUUUUCUAGGAUUGCAUUUCCCAAGUGCUAUUGCAAUAACAGUUGAUACUCAUUUUAGAUACCAAACCUUUUGAGUUCAACUGAUCAAACCAAAGGAAAAGUGUUGCUAGAGAAAAUUAGGGAAAAGGUGAAAAAGAAAAAAUGGUAGUAAUUGAGUAGAAAAAAAUUAAUUUAUAUAUGUAUUGAUUGGUAACCAGAUUUAUCUAAGUAGAACUGAAUUGGCUAGGAAAAAAGAAAAACUGCAUGUUAUUCAUUUUCCUAAGCUGUCCUUUUGAGGCUUAGUCAGUUUAUUGGGAAAAUGUUUAGGAUUAUUCCUUACUAUUAGUACUCAUUUUAUGUAUGUUACCCUUCAGUAAGUUCUCCCCAUUUUAGUUUUCUAGGAUUGAAAGGAUUCUUUUCUACAUUAUACAUAUGUGUUGUCAUAUUUGGCUUUUGCCAUAUACUUUAACUUCAUUGUUAAAUUUUUGUAUUGUAUAGUUUCUUUGGUGUAUCUUAAAACCUAUUUUUGAAAAACAAACUUGGCUUGAUAAUCAUUUGGGCAGCUUGGGUAAGUAUGCAACUUACUUUUCCACCAAAGAACUGUCAGCAGCUGCCUGCUUUUCUGUGAUGUAUGUAUCCUGUUGACUUUUCCAGAAAUUUUUUAAGAGUUUGAGUUAAUAUUGAAUUUAAUCAGACUUUCUGAUUAAAGGGUUUUCUUUCUUUUUUAAUAAAACACAUCUGUCUGGUGUGGUAUGAAUUUCUGAAA